AGCAUCUGUGGAGGAGGUGAUUUUUAAAGCUGAUCUUUACUGAUGUCUCCAAAUAUGUUAUGGCACUUGAUAUUUAAACAAAAACAGGUCACUCCGUCUCCUCACCAUGCCCACUGUCUAUCUUUCCCCGCAUCCCGAUAACUUUCAGAAUCUCCGUGUGCUUGUUGCUGCCUGUUAUGGCCGACAGGAGCCCAAGGUGGUUGAACUGCCUCCCGACAGAGAGUUGGGGAGUCCUUCCUUCUCUCUGCCCAAACUCCCAGCUCUGGAAACCCAGGCAGGCGUCUAUGUGUCUGGCCCAGCAGCCGUUUCUUACCUGCUGUCCCCAGAUAACAUGAGAGGGCAAGGCCCAAAUGCAAGUGCUUUGAUACGGCAGUGGAUCAGUUAUGCGGAUUUAGAAAUUGCCCCUGUAGCUUGCACGGCUGCCUUCUCUGUUCUGGGGAUCUCCAAGCAGAGUAAACAGGUGUCGGAUCGUGCUCUGGUGGAACUCCGGAAGCUGCUUGAGGUGCUGGAUAGUCAUUUGAAGUUGCGGACAUACCUGGUUGGGGAGGCCCUGACUUUGGCAGAUGUGACAGUGGCUUGCUCUCUGCUGUUGCCGUAUAAAUACGUCCUAGACCUUGGCCUUCGCACGCACUACACCAACGUCACCCGGUGGUUCCUGACAUGUGUCAAUCAGCCAGAGUUUAAAGCUGUCCUUGGUCCCUUGAAGCUGUGUGGCCAGCCACUGGGUGGGGGGGAUCUGGCACUGGAGCUGAAAGAUCCUGCAUCAUGUCCCAGGGCAGAACUGUUAGAGCAGAGGCCGCUAACAGAGCCGCCACCCAAAAGUGCAUCUCAGCUGAAGAAGGAGGCCAAGAAGAAAGAGAAACUGGAGAAGUUUCAGCAGAAGAAGGAAAAGAGCCAGCAGCAACAGCAAGGGGAGAAGAAGCCAAAAGCUGAAAAGAAGGAGAAGAAGGAUCUUGGAGUGAUAACCUAUGACAUCCCAACCAAUCCUGGGGACAAAAAAGAUGUCACCAGCCCAAUGCCUGACUCCUACAGCCCGCAGUAUGUUGAAGCUGCCUGGUACCAGUGGUGGGAGAGCCAGGGUUUUUUCAAACCAGAGUAUGGGCGUUGCAGCAUCUCUGAGCCAAACCCCAAAGGCCUCUUCAUGAUGUGUAUCCCUCCACCCAACGUCACGGGAUCUCUGCAUCUUGGGCACGCUCUCACCAAUGCCAUCCAAGACUCCCUCACUCGAUGGCACCGGAUGCGAGGGGAGACCACCUUGUGGAACCCUGGCUGUGACCACGCGGGCAUUGCCACUCAGGUGGUGGUGGAGAAGAAGCUUUGGAAGGAGCAGGGCAAGACGCGGCAUGACCUUGGGCGCGAGGCAUUCAUCGAGGCAGUCUGGAGGUGGAAAAAUGAAAAAGGUGAUCGGAUCAACCACCAGCUGAAGAAGCUUGGCGCCUCGAUGGACUGGGAUAGAGCUUGUUUCACUAUGGACCCGAAACUCUCUUAUGCUGUCCAAGAGGCUUUUAUCCGGCUUCACGAGGAAGGGGUUAUCUACCGAAGCAAACGUCUCGUCAAUUGGUCCUGCACCCUCAACUCAGCCAUCUCUGACAUAGAGGUGGAUAAGAAGGAGCUGGCAGGCCGAACGCUCCUGCCCGUCCCCGGCUACAAAGAGAAGGUUGAAUUUGGGGUGCUGGUUUCCUUCGCUUACAAGACUCAGGACUCAGAUGAUGAAGUGGUGGUGGCUACAACCCGUAUUGAGACCAUGCUGGGGGAUACCGCAGUUGCAGUCCAUCCCCAGGAUCCCCGCUAUCGGCAUCUGCACGGCCGGAGUGUCCUUCACCCCUUUACUGGACAGCUCUUGCCUAUUGUUUGUGAUGACUUUGUGGACAUGGAAUUUGGAACUGGUGCAGUGAAGAUCACCCCAGCCCAUGAUCCGAACGACUACGAGGUCGGCUUGCGUCAUGGGCUUGACUUCAUCACCAUCAUCGAUGAGAAUGGCUAUCUUGUCAACGUGCCUCCUCCUUUCUUGGGCAUGAAACGCUUUGAUGCUCGUCGAGCAGUGUUGGAAGCUCUGAAGGAAAAGGGGCAUUUUAGGGAGGUGAAGGACAACCCCAUGGUAGUACCUGUCUGCAGCCGCUCCAAAGAUGUGGUUGAGCCGCUUCUGAAGCCUCAGUGGUAUGUGCGCUGUGACACAAUGGCCCGGGGGGCUGCCGAGGCAGUGCGUCGAGGGGAUUUGCGCAUUGUGCCAGAUUUCCACCUCAAAACCUGGUUUAAUUGGAUGGACAACAUCAGGGAUUGGUGCAUUUCUCGACAGCUGUGGUGGGGACAUCGUAUCCCAGCAUAUUUUGUGACUAUUGAUGAUCCCUCAGUCCCUCCAGGGGAGGAUACCGAUGGCAAGUACUGGGUGAGCGGCAGAAGUGAACAAGAAGCAAAAGAGAAAGCUGCCAAAGCCUUCAAGGUGACCACAGAUAAGAUCUCACUCCGGCAAGAUGAGGAUGUCCUUGACACCUGGUUCUCCUCUGGGCUGUUCCCGUUCUCCAUCUUUGGAUGGCCAAACCCUAGUGAAGAUCUUCAGGUUUUUUACCCUGGCACUCUCCUGGAGACCGGGCAUGAUAUCCUCUUCUUCUGGGUGGCCCGCAUGGUCAUGUUGGGCCUCAAGCUUACUGGGAAGCUGCCCUUCAGAGAAGUUUAUCUUCACGCUGUUGUCAGAGAUGCCCACGGCAGGAAGAUGAGCAAAUCACUGGGAAAUGUCAUAGAUCCAUUGGAUGUGAUAACUGGCAUUACACUGGAGGGAUUGCAUGCUCAACUGCUAGAUAGCAAUUUGGACCCCGCUGAGACAGAGCGAGCAAAACAAGGACAGAAAUCUGAUUACCCCAAUGGGAUUCCAGAAUGUGGCACUGAUGCCCUUCGGUUUGCUCUCUGUGCAUACACCUCUCAAGGCCGGGACAUAAACCUGGAUGUGAACCGGAUCUUGGGCUAUCGCCAUUUCUGCAACAAGCUGUGGAAUGCCACCAAGUUUGCCAUCCGUGGCCUUGGGGACGGAUUCCAACCACAGCCUAGGCCAGAGCCCAGUGGCAUGGAGAGUCUCGUUGACCUGUGGAUCCUGAGUCGCCUGAGCCAUGCUGUGGAGUUAUGUGGUAGUGGGUUCCAGGCCUAUGACUUCCCCGGCAUCACCACAGCAAUAUAUAACUUCUGGCUCUAUGAGCUUUGUGAUGUCUACUUGGAAUGCCUAAAGCCUGUGUUUGCUGGCCCUGAUGAAGCUGCAAUCCAGACAGCCCGGAAUGUUCUCUACACCUGUUUGGAUGCUGGUCUUCGUCUUCUUAGCCCUUUCAUGCCUUUCGUCACAGAGGAACUGUUCCAGCGGCUGCCUCGACGGUCAACUUCCUCCAACCCCCCCAGCAUCUGUGUCACCUCUUACCCCACCACGGAGCAGUACUGCUGGAGGAAUGAGGACUUAGACCACACCGUUGACUUCAUGCUGAGCAUUGUUAGGGCUGUGCGUUCCCUCAGAGCAGAUUAUAACCUCACCAAGACCAAAGCUGACUGUUACUUGCAGUGCCUGGACUCGGAAACAGCAGCGGCUGUUGCUUGCUGCUCUGAAUACAUCCGCACCCUCUCCUCUUCCAAGCAAGUGCUGGUUCUUGAGCCCACACAAGUACCCCCUCCUGGCUGCGCAGUAGCCAUCGCCUCCGACAGAUGCACCGUCCACCUUCUGCUCAAGGGCUUGAUUGAUGCUGAGAAGGAGGUCUCCAAACUGGCAGGCAAAAAAACUGAGCUACAGAAGCAAAUCUUGCGCUUACGGGAGCGCAUGGACAGUCCGGACUACGCCACUAAGGUGCCGCCCAAAAUCCAGGAGGCAGAUGCUGCCAAGUUGAAACAAAGUGAGACUGAAUUGCAGAAGGCAGAAGAAGCCAUCGAAAAUUUCAAGAUGAUGAUCUGAAACUGAAGGAUCUGUGGGAUUCUUAGAACACCCUGAAGUUGAGGAGCGGGGGCACGGUUAGGUUAGGGAACCUUUUAAAGAGAAAACCCAUUUCUUUUGUUGAGGCAUUCUUGAUUUAUUCUAUUUUCUGCAAAAACAUUAAAAUUAUUUUGCUGAGUUAGAA